CGCGAGAUGGAUCGUGCUGGCACCGCUGCAUCCCAAAGUCGUAUUCCGGUGUCGGACCCACUUCAUCCCAACGGCAGCCCUACGCACAUCAGCGAAAAGUCCCCUUUUCUUGCGGACGACGAGCUCUUCCUAGACGAUCGGCUGCCUUCCGCAACUGUCAACGGCACUGCCUCGCCACAUGCCGCCAAUUUCGGGGCUCGCCAUGUUCCGGUCAAUCAGCAGCUCAGUCCGCCACGCUAUCUACAGUCCGGGAUGCUCCCGCUCAACGACAAAGCCGAUGUGUAUAUGCAUCACAUUGCCGAUGUCGACCAUCGCACCAGCCGCUCAAGCCGAGUCAGUUUCCGUUCCAGCCGGAACAGCUGCUACUCCAGCCGUAGCAGUCGUCGCUCGGUGGCCGAAAGGCAUGUCGAUGCGCCAGCUCCCGACCCAGAGUUUGAUCACUCGAGCACGCGCCUGUCCUCCUCGCCCUUCGAGAUCCGAGACGAAAUCCCAUGGGCAUCGCCGUUCCAAGAACACAUCGAUGAGCCAAAGCGCAACCCGAGUCGCGAGGCGCAUCACCAUCUUGACCACAGCCGUGUACCGGGAGCCACCGCGUCAUCGUUCUCCUCCGAGCGGGUUCCUACCCUUGGCUCGUCGUCUGAUCGUCGUGAAGUACCUUCGCUCGCCUCGGUGGAUCUUAUGAGAGCCAGCUCGUCUUCGCGCGCGCCCUCGACCGCCAGGCUGUCACGAUCCACUUCAAGCCGCGAUGACGAUGCGCCGGCGAUCUCGAUCGGGUCGAUGCCGCAAAGCGUACACAAGUUAAUUGGCAUUCUCGGUGCAUCCCAGACCUCGAGCUCCACGGACGACGAUGCCGAGGAGUACACUGCAGAUGGCAUUUAUGAAGAUGGUGAUGGAGACGAGGUCGACGACCCCUUCCUAGGUAACGGCAAGCGAAUACAUGGCCUUGC